AUUAGUCUACAAUGAUGAGUCUGUGCAGAACUAGUUCGAUGUCACAAUGUGGGUUUAUGUGUCUGAUGAUUUUGAUAUGGAAAAGGUUUUAAGAGAUAUCAUGGAGCCCAUUGCUGGCAAUAAGUAUGACAGUGGAUCGAAUGUGGAUGUACUGGUACGUCAUGUUCGUGCAAAUUUGAAAGACAAGAAGUAUUUGCUAGUACUGGAUGACUUGUGGAGUGAUGAAAUUGAGAAAUGGGACAAGCUAAAAAGUUUCUUGAUGGAUGGUGCAGAAGGAAGUACAGUUUUAGUAACUACGCGUAAAUUUCAUGUCGCGCGGAGCCUCCAAGGGAACAUUCCACCGUACCAUUUGAAACAUUUAUCAGCAGAUGACUGCUGGUCUAUCAUCAAGGAAAGAACAUUUUCUCCUGGUGGGGAGAAUCCAAGAAUGGUACAGAUAGGCAAGGAAAUUGCGAAUAAGUGUUCUGGUUUACCGCUUGCGGCAAAAAUGUUGGCAAAUAUUAUGCAUUCGAAGAAGGGGGAGAGCGAGUGGGUUGGAAUUAGGGAAAGCGAUGUUUUGGACAGGCCAGAGUUUCAAAGCACAAUCUUACCGAUCAUAAAGUUAAGUUAUGACGAUUUGCCAUCAAUGUUGAAGCAGUGUUUCUCAUAUUGUUCUAUCUUUCCGAGGGGUUGGGAGAUGAAUCGAGAAACUUUGAUCCAGAUAUGGAUGGCAGAAGGCUUCCUUCUGCCAUCUCGUGAAGGAAUUAACAUGGAAGAUAUCGGAGACGAGUAUUUUAACAAUUUAUUGUGUCAUUCGUUACUUCAAAAAUGCAGAGAUGGAUGAGUUCGAU